AUGGGCCUUAGCCUGGAAAGAAUGGAAUACCUCUUAGCCUUCCUCGCUCUCGGUGAAGGUUUAUUGUUGAUGUUUUAUUUUGGCUUUGGUUUUACUUUGAUCGUGACCAAUGCGGUGAUUUUUGGCUUGCUGGUGGUGGCAGCGAAGACACUGUCGCAUGGACCGGCCUUGGUGGCCUUUUACGGAAUGUGUCUGAAUAGUGCUCUGCAUUUCUUUGCCGUGACGCAAUUAGUCUCUCAUUACUUGUUCUACGGCGGCGGGAUCUUUUUCUUCAUUCCUCUAGUCUACAUGGCCACGGCAGCAUCCAUGUCCUUCCUCGGCGUUCUCAUCUCAUACUCCUUCUGGGCACGCACCAGGCUGGGCCAGUACUCCAUUGUCACCGGAGGCACACUCAAGGACGAACCACUCGCCGCUGGCGCUGGCGUCCAUGUUUAG